AUGAAUGGGCAGAGAAGGAAUUGGGCGGAAAAGCUGGAUGAUGCACUAUGGGCAUAUCGAACAGCGUACAAAACGCCUAUUGAGACAUCUCCAUAUCGCUUAAUGUAUGCUAAGGCUUGUCAUCUUCUUGUAGAGUUGGAACACCAAGCAUAUUGGGCUGUAAAAAAACUGAAUUUUGAGAUGACUGCCAUGGGAGAAAGAAGGUUAUUGCAACUAAAUGGGCUUGAUGAGUUUAAACUCCACGCAUAUGAAAAUGCCAAGCUUUACAAGGAGAAGCCCAAACGAUGGCAUGACAAGCACAUUCAAGUUAGGGAAUUUGAACCCGAACAACUUGGAAUUUCAAAGAAAAUGAGGAGAUUACCACAAUUGAGGAAAGCAAUCAAGUUUGCAAAAUGA